AAUGAUCACGCUUUUGUUGCUGCGUUCAAUAAGCUGAGAAGACUGGGAGUGGAGAAAAAUUGGUUGGCAGGAGAAAUGGCGAAGCUGCUUCUCUAUCUUCAAGCUCCUCACAUGGCUUCCUCCAUCAAUCGUGGAGCCAUCUCUUUCGUACUCUCCAAACCAAAGCAAUUUCUCUCUUCUACUUCUUCCAUACAAUGCCGCUUCGCCUUCGCUCUCGCUCUCUCUCCUUCCCCUUUUUCAAGACGCCACUUCUCGGUUCGAGCAUUCGAAGAUUCUGCGUCCGGCACCAACAGCGUGGAAGCACAAGAACCAGACGCUGCAAACGAGGCUCCGAUGAGUGGCCAGAGCUUCGGGGCUCGUGACGAGGAGUAUCCAACCGGAGAAUUCGAGUUCGAGAAAUUUGGUCCGUGGAAGAGCUUCUUGGUGAAGCUUAAGAUGCUGGUUGCCUUUCCUUGGGAGCGCGUUCGCAAGGGCAGCGUCUUGACUAUGAAAUUGCGCGGGCAGAUAUCUGAUCAGCUAAAGAGCCGUUUCUCUUCAGGGCUUUCUCUACCUCAAAUAUGCGAGAACUUUGUCAAAGCAGCAUACGAUCCGCGUAUUUCUGGGAUUUAUUUACAAAUUGAAGCACUAAAUUGCGGGUGGGGUAAAGUUGAGGAAAUUCGAAGGCAUAUACUGAAUUUCAAAAAAUCAGGUAAAUUCAUCGUUGUCUAUAUUCCUACAUGUCAAGAGAAAGAAUACUACCUGGCAUGUGCAUGCGAGGAGAUAUAUGCCCCUCCAAGUGCUUAUGUUUCUUUGUUUGGUUUGACUGUUCAAGCUUCAUUUCUCAGGGGCAUUUUUGAUAAAGUAGGGAUUGAACCUCAAGUGGAAAGGAUAGGUAAAUAUAAAAGUGCUGGUGAUCAACUAGCACGGAGGAAUAUGUCAGAAGAAAAUUGUGAAAUGUUGACGACUUUGCUAGAUAAUAUUUAUGAGAAUUGGCUGGAUAAAAUUGCUUCAAUAAAAGGAAAGAAAAAGAAUGAUAUUGAAAGUUUCAUUAACGAAGGAGUAUAUCAAAUAGAAAAACUAAAAGAAGAUGGUUGGAUCACCAACAUACAAUAUGAUGACGAGGUUCUCUCUAUGCUAAGUGAAAGACUUGGACUGCCGAAGGAUAAAACAGUUCCCAUGGUUGAUUACAGGAAGUACUCUAGAGUUAAGCAAUGGACUGUUGGUUUAUCUGGAGGUGGAGACCAAAUAGCUGUGAUUAGAGCAGGAGGAAGCAUUACUCGUGUAAAGAGUCCUUUAAGCGUUCCUAGCUCUGGUAUUAUUGGGGAGCAAUUCAUUGAGAAGAUAAGGAGUGUUAGAGAGUCGAAAAGAUUCAAGGCUGCCAUCAUCAGAAUUGACAGUCCAGGAGGUGAUGCUCUUGCUUCUGAUUUGAUGUGGAGAGAAAUCAGACUUCUGGCUGCAUCAAAACCUGUUGUUGCAUCCAUGUCUGACGUGGCAGCCAGUGGAGGAUACUAUAUGGCAAUGGCUGCUGGGACAAUUGUUGCAGAAAAUCUAACCUUAACUGGUUCUAUUGGAGUUGUCACAGGGAAGCUUAACUUGGGGAAUCUAUAUGAAAAAAUUGGGUUUAACAAGGAAAUCAUAUCAAGGGGAAGAUUUGCUGAGCUUCUUGUGGCCGAACAACGUCCUUUCAGACCGGACGAAGCAGAACUCUUUGCUAAGUCCGCACAAAAUGCGUACAGGCAAUUUCGGGACAAAGCAGCCUUUUCCAGAUCAAUGACGGUGGAUGAGAUGGAGAAAGUUGCACAGGGAAGGGUCUGGACUGGUAAAGAUGCAGCAUCCCGCGGUUUAGUGGACGCUAUCGGCGGAUUUUCUCGCGCCGUUGCUAUAGCAAAACAGAAAGCCAACAUUCCUCAAGACAAACAGGUUAAUCUUGUGGAACUAUCGAGACCAUCGCCUACGCUACCAGAGUUAUUAAGCGGAGUAGGGAGUACAAUUGUUGGAGUUGACAGGACAUUGAGAGAACUGCUGCAAGACCUUACUUUGUCGGAAGGAGUUCAAGCUCGGAUGGAAGGGAUCAUGUUGCAGAGAAUGGAGGGAUUUUCUUAUGGCAAUCCCAUCUUUAGUUUUAUAAAGGAUUACCUCACUUCCCUCUAACCAACCUCCUUUGGUCUGUGAUAAAACUUGAAAGCCAGAUUAAUCAUCUUUCAAGCACAUUUAUUGUCCAUUAUUUGGUACUUGUGAUACACUCUCCCCAAUUGAACAAUAAAUGUAUAGAUUAGGUAUGUCAAAUGGAGGCCAUACAAAAAUAUUAGCCAAAGCUGAUCUUGAGCCAUCAACUAUAUAUAUGUAAUUAAUUGGGUGAGCUAAAUUUAAUCUUAAAUUAUUAAUUUGUUUAAA